AUUCCAGUUCAAAUGUUCCUUUGGCGUCUUAUAAGGCCAUUCAUUCGAGCUAAAUUAGGAAAACUUCACGAAGCAUCUUGCAUGUUCUGUCAGCGCGCGCCAGGCCAUCAUUGCCUUGAAAGGGUUUUAGUGCAGGAUCUUCAUAAUGAUUUGACACCCUCAUUAAGCGAGAUAUUGAGAAACGUACCACGCUGGCGUUUAAUUCAAGCCGCUCUUCCUUAUGUUCUCCAUGCUACGGCUAGUCUCUUGCACAAUAGGAAAGAUUUUCAAACUCUUGGCACAAUGGAAACAACUCUUCUUUACAUUCUUCACUGGAUAUUUCUGGAUUCAGCUGAAGAAUGCGCGGAAAACGAGGCGGAUCCGUCAAAUCCUUUUUUCUAUUUGUUUCCGAUACCUACCAUGACUCUUUUCAUCUAUCUAUUCGCACCUCUGUGCAAUCACCUAAAGGACAUUGACUUCAAGACGAAUUUACGAUUAGAAAACGGCCUAAAAAUAUGGUCCGCCAUGUACGAAUGCCGCCAUCCGGAUGCACCUUGUUUCACAGCGCAUUGUCGAUCUAAACCUCGCAUUUAUUGGAGCCAAUCCUUCAAAUCUGCCAAGCAUCACAUGUUGUCAGAUGACGUUUUUGUUGGAGGAAAUGUCGAAAGUCCACCUAGUCAAUCGACUUCAGAGCAAAGCGUUCAACCACCUUCAAAAUCAAUUGACGAAGAUCAACAGGGUAUUUGGCUGACGUCACCAAAAGACACGGUUUUUCCGGAAACAAUUCCUGAAGAAAGCUCUGGUGCAGAAGACGAGCACGUGGUAAUAUUCAGAUUACCAUCUUUAAGUGAAUCGGAGAGAAUGCUCGAUGGGGUAAAAGAAGUUUCCACCAUAUUCGCAGGCGAAGCCAGUAUCUUUCACGUUGCGAUGGGUAGGACAACCUCCUCGAGAUCUACGAUAGAACAGUUCACGAUAGAACAGGUUGCAGCAAUGUCUGGAUUGGACACAUGCAAACAGUAUCAUAGAAAAGCUACGAAAACCGGAGGCAUGGAUAAGGAGAAAGAGGAGAAAAUUUCGAAAACAGAGAAAGAAACGCAGGAGACUUCGAAAACGCGCGGAAGUUUCUCAGUACAACGCCAAUCUGCUGACACAACCGAGCAUACUACAGGCUCUACAUUCGUCGAUUCUGACGUUCGUGCGGCAACCUUUUUAGACGUAGCUACUUUGAGAUGUCUGUUUGUGCCUCAAUGGCAGGAAGAAGGUGUUCACUGGGCUCUUCAAUUUUUUUAUUAUCGGCUACGAAGAAUCAACGAAGAAACUUCAGUGCAGCAGAUGCCGCGUCGUCGAAGUAACUCCUUGCCUAUUCCGAAAAUCGAAGUCUCAAUUUAUCAGAGUCCCGAGAGUAAAAAGAAGGAUGUAAUGAAGGACUUCAUAGAGGUGCCCGACACACGCGAUGCUUCUUUGACAGCGGCCCACGAAAGCGAAUCGAGACAUACCAGGCGCGCCAGCGAGAAGACGAAAAAGCGUAUGAAGAUGGCCGAUCUCAAGGCCUUUGUAGAAACAAAACUUCUUUCAAAAUCAGAGAAGGCACUUGAGAAGGAACGUCAUACAAGUCUUGAUACUGGAGAAGAUCAUUUGACUGCGACUAGGCUAACUUCGGCUGGUUCAAAGAUUUUUGAAGCAAAAGACAUCGAUUACAUGAAGCAUCCUACAAAUCUAAUUAAAGGGAAAACUUCGGUUCACACGCUUUUUUUACGAGCUUUCUGCUUUCGGUACGUCGGCGAUACUCGCGUCGAGAGAAAGCAGAGUCAGUUUUACAGUCAGUCCUAUACCGUGCCGAACCCUAUUAUCACCGUCACGGAGCACACGCCAACCCCAUCCCCCGAUUACAUGAAGCGUCAGGGAUCUAUUGACAGUCAAUUGGAUGUCAUCAGCGUUCAAGGUGGUCGUUUGUGUUCUGAGAGGAAACCCAGUCUCACGAGGUCACAAACGGAUUCUAAUAUCACUUAUAUGAGUGACGAAAUACCAGAAGCUCCAGGUUCCUCAUGUUACAUUACCAAAGAAGGUGAUGUUGAUCUUCAAGUCGUCUUGAAGGCGAUACACUUCGUUGCUUUGCGAGAUAACGUCUCCUGCACACCGCGAGUUUGCGAGAUUAUGUUGAACUUGAUAGAACUUUUAAUGGACAUGGGAGUGAUGAAACAUUGCCUCCGAGAGGAAGCCAUCGGCAGUAAUGCAGGAUCUGGUACAGGAAUCGACAAUAAGUCGGAAACAGGAAAGAAACAGGAUUCGCCAACAGAAUUACAUCAGGAACAUAGGUACGAUUUGAGCAAGAGCAAGCCAACUGCUCACAAUCUCCUCAUGAACUGCGUGAUCAGAGUGUUGAGGCAUUUAGGCUGUCCACACGGCUGCUUGGACGGAGUACGCGGGCCUCAGGCUGAUAUUUGUCGUUCCCAAGGCCAAACUAUCCUGACAAAACUGCAUCGCGCAAGUUCCCGUCAAUUUUCGAGAUUCUUACGAACGAUGAUUCGAGAGCAGCCGUUGACGGAAAUCUUGGACUUUUUUCACGCAUAUGUCGGAUACUGCGUCGAUCCGAGUUCAUUGCUAUCACCACUUACAUCUCAAAGUGGGUACGCGACGAACUUCGGCGCUGGCAUGAUCGGUUCUGGAACCGGGCAGAUCAUAUCUUGCGUCUUCAAGGUCCUGGUCACUCGUCUCAUUGGUUCUACAAAGCAGCUAAAAGCUCAAGAGAAUAUCAAUCUCUAUUGUGACGUGCGACAGUUGAUGACGUACGUCAAGGAGGCACACGGUGGUAUUUUCCGACGAGUUGCUCUAAGUGGAGUUUUAGAUUCAGCUGAUCGACCAAAUAAACGAUGUAAUAGCAACAUGCAAACAACACGUGUCAUAAGACAUAUUCAUCAAUCGGAUUUAGACGAACAUGCGGAUUUCGGGGGAGACACGUGUUACACCGUUGACGAUAGAGGCACACGAAAGUUCCUCUUUAAGAAGAGGAGCACAUCGUCCACUUGCGCUGCGGGAUCGAAUUUACAGAGUCUCCUCGAAACGGAAUUGAGCGAAGAAAACAUAAAGAUUAGUCAAAGUCCGUUGGGUAAUUUGCGUAAAAAACAUCAUGUGUUGACACCCAGACAGAGCGAACGUAAUUUAGGUAUCCUAGGCGAGCCUUCUUUGGGACCACGGAAAUCAACACGGUUUCAAAUUGGCGGUAUCGUUAAUUGGUUCCGGAAGGAGUAUAGUCGGACCGAUUCUACCGAUAGCCAUGAAAGUAGCGAGUCGCCUACAGACGGUAGCUUUGUUAGGCAACCCAGCUUCCAUUACAGCCAUCAUCGCAGCGUAUCGCGAAGCGGUCGCGGAGUUGGUAUAUCCCUGCAAAAGGCGAAACGUCGAAUGGAGGAUCAAUUGAAUAAAAUCGGUUUUGGAAAGAAUAAAAAGAAAGAAAGCAUGGAAGAAACGCCUGGAAAUUGUAAGAAUUUCAGUCGAAAGAAUUCCAUGGAGCUCGGCGAGGUUUGUAGAGAAUCCGAGUUCGUUGUACUAAAAGAGAGAAGAUUAGUCCCACGCUUCUCGGUAUUUGAAGGAAUGUUACGAUUUUCCUUCCUCCUGGAGACCUGCCAACCAGGCUCAGUUCCCGAUCCUCAUUUAAUGGCAUCGCUUCUAGAUCUUCCAUACGCGCCGGUAGUAUCUCGCGCCUGUUUAAUACUAGAAUGCGCGCAUUUGGUGCAUCAAUGCAACAAGGGUCACUGGCCCACAUGGAUGAAGCACAAUUUCCCCAUGUUUCGAUCAUCUGUGCCGAUAAACAAUCGAAACGCCUCUACUGCACUUAGACGUGUUCAUAUACUGCAACGCACGGCGGGAAAAUUAUUUUAUCAAUGGGCAGAGGCUAUAGCAGCACGUUUGGAAGAAUUCUUAGCUGAAGAUAAGCAAAACAUGGAGCAAGUAACCAGCAUAGUAUCUGACGAGAACAAACAGAGAGAGUUGGUUUUGGAAGAUGAGGAAGAAGAUUUCCUUGAUGAUGCUAGUAUAAAUAAUUACGGAUCCCAAUGUCCCUUCGCGUUACGUCUCGUCGCUUGCGUUCUGCUGAUGGAAGUGACGGCGUUUCUCAGAGAGACUUAUCAAACUUUACCGAAGUCGAGUAAACUGUUAACGAAAGAACGUCCACCGCCUUGGGAAAGAAUGUACAGCCGAGAAGCGAAUCGUCGGUGGAGCGUGGCUUUGUCAUCCAUGGGUCAUUCGCAGGCGUCCGCGCAGAGUCUUCAAUCUAUAGCUGGCGAUCGCGAAGUUGUCGGUUAGUCGGAGCGCAAAAUCAGUUUUGUCCUCUACGAACCUGAUAAUGAAUCUGAAGGAAGCAGCAAAUCAAAUGUUACAAUUCAAGGUGAAGAGACCCAAAAUGUCGAGAAGGAGAAAGCAAAGAGGGUGCAGGCACCUCAAAGUAGACCAUUCCUUCUUCGUCGCAGUACUGCUACGACUGGCUCGUUUAAAAAGAGAAGCCUUAAACUUCGACGCAAUACCAAGGAGGGCAAGGAUACGGAAUAUUCGAUUCAAUCUAACAAUAAAAGGAAAGUAAGUUCCCUGUCUGAUAGAAGCGACACGUCUGAACCUGGUGUCGGUGGCGAAGUCAGUGGCGAUGAAUCGCCAGGCAUUCUCAGCGACGAUCAACCGCCGGAGAGUCCAAGCGAUAGCAACGAAACCGACGAGACUAAUAAGAAUUUUCCGUGGAUGAAGGUGCUCGUGCAGGUUGCCAAUUCCUUCAAUUUUUAUUGCUCCCAUCAGAACUUCUGCCAUCCUUUCUGUUAUCGCCGACAAAUGCGCGCAAGUAGCAGAUUGAUAAAGUCAGUGAGGAAAAUCUAUGGAGAGGAAUUUGGUAUACUGAACGGUACGGGUUUAUUCGACAUUGACUCUGAUAAGAAGGAUGACAAGAAAGAUAAACGCAGCCGCAAAGUGUCUGACCAAACUAGCACGCAAGUAUCUCCUAUUCGAAGAAAAGACAGCGUGGGAGAUUCCUCAAAGGAUUUGGCAGAACAAGACUCUGAAAGGGGCAAGGAAUCUUUGAGAAGAACUACAAUGAAAUAUGGUACUGGUACUGAACAAGAUAAAGAGCCACCGCCGGUCUUGAAAUACGUGAAGACUCAAGUAAAGGACGCUUUUCAUGCACCUUUGGCCACUUUAAUCAAAGGGGCGGUUGUGAUGACGGAAGAUUUGUUCGUGGAAGUUUUGCCUGUCGCCUGGGAGCUCUUAUUAGAAUCCAAUCAAGAAGUCGCUGCAUCAGCAGCGGCACUUUUUAUAGUAUCUGCCGUACGAGCACCGAACCAGGCCAGUGAUUUGAUGCACAAGGGUCUUCAGCACAAUAACACUAGUGUGCGCAUCAAUGCCAUUUUGCGAUUUCAAGUUCUGUGGAAAUUACGGUAUCAAGUGUGGCCACGGAUGGAGGAGGCGGCUCACUUAACUUUUAAGGUACCUCCGCCAGGAAUAGAAUUUACUCUACCUUCACCGAAGAUCGGAAUAGAAUCCUUGCCGGUAGUCGAUCCACCCUGGAUGCCUCAGGUCAAAACAAAAGUGGAGGAGGUCACUAUCAAUCAGGAACAUCAUAGAUCUCUAGUGACCGCGACGAAAACGCGGAAGAAACAACAGACCGAAUUGAUUACAAAGGCUCUUCAAGCACAGGACGACAAGAAGCGGGAAGAAAGAGAAAAUUUUCUUAUUACGACGAUACCAAUUACCGUACAAGCCGCUUACGAGCCCAGUCCAGUAGGAGACGAUCACGAUGAAGAUGAAGAUGCAGCUGAGACUGUCCCAAGGAAUACUCAAACUCAUCAUAGUCAAUCAGCUCUCUCGUUGUUUCCUUCAUCAUUGUGUUCAGCGAUCGUUCAAAUUAUUAAUCUCCUGGAUGAUCCAGCAGUCUCCGAUGAUGGAAAUGCAGUUUACGAAGUGGCAUAUCAAGUAAUCUGGAGUUGCUUGGUGGAAGAUAGCGCGCUGUUUCUGCGAUACGUGCUGGAACGUCUCACGAGAGAGAAGCAAGAGUUAAUGUUCAAGAUUUUGAGACAUCUUAUCAGAUUUGUACCGAAGUUACCGCAACAGGCUGCGUUUGCGCUUUAUAAUUAUAUUAUUGGAUACGUUAUGUUUUACGUGCGCACUCCACACGAGGAGGGCCAAAAAUUAAUUGGAACUGCAUUGUCAAUUUUGUGGAUGGUGGUGCACAGUGUACACGGCAUUAUGUUCAAAGAUCUAAAGCAAAUUUUGCGAAAAGAACAAUGCGAUGCGUCAAUUUUACUUACAGCGAACGUUCCGUCAGCGAAAAAAAUCAUCGUUCACGGCCCGCAAGAUCCUGAUGCCGGAGAAAUACCCUCGCAGUUUCCGGUUCAAGAAGACACGCAAUUUUGUCAGAUACUUCGAGAGUCCUUGGACUUUUUUGGUAUCGAAGAAUCAAAGCAUCACGAGUAUUUUCUCGUGGAUUACAAGACGCAUCAAAUACACAAUCCAUCAUCAUACGUUAGAGACUACUAUUUCUUCAAGAGAUCUCAAUUCCCGCAAAUCGAACUUGUUCACAUGAAGCAGGAAGAUGCGUUCAAUGCUUUGCAACGGCAAGAAUUGAUGCACAAAUUCGUAGAAAUAGGAAAGGUACUAUUGACCUGGGCGAUUCUGAAGAAUGUUGACAUGGUAGUGCAAAGGGUCGUAUUUCUUCACGAAGAGCUCAUGAAGCUACCUUCGUUUCCGCGAAAAGCGUUAGAAGCUGAUUUGGAUCUUUACAAAGGUGGUGAAAUUGGGAGAGAACUUCUUGGGUUGGACGUGAUGCACAAAUUUAUGUGGGUUAGACUGAUCGCACGCAUGUUUGAGGCCAUGGCCGGCAAUUUCGCGUAUUCCGGUGAUAUUCAUCUCUUUCUAAACGUCCUGAAUGGCGCCGUAAUUAUUCACAGCGAGGAUUCUUGCAUUCUACGCUACGUCGUGGCGACCUACAUAAACGCUGCGCAUAAUUUUAAAAAUAUUUUCUCAACGAACGGUUACUUGUUAAUCAUGCCGACCUUAUUGCAACUAUACUCGACGCAUCAAACGAACAAGCUCGUGACGACCACUGUCGAGUACGCCGUUAAACAAUUUUAUCUCAUGAACCGUAAACCCUUCAUUCUACAAAUGUUUGGUAGUGUUUCUACCAUAUUGGAUACAGAUAUGAUAAGUGUCCAUGGCGAGGCUCAUAAGGUGCCAUCAACGUGCCUAUUUAACUUAUUAUUGAGUUUGGAAACGCCGUCACCGGAUCCACUUAAUAUAGGAGAAUUGGUGAAGGAGGAGAAGCCUUUAAAAGCGAUAGAUUUUUGUUAUCACGACGAAAAUGAAAUGGUCGACGUGCUUGACUGUAUAUCUCUCUGUGUCAUGGUGAUAGCUUACGCACCUGAUUCGAUUAGAGGCCAACAAAUGCUGACAAUAUUGGAAGCAAUAUUGCCGUGCUACGUUCGGCAAAUCCAAUUACCUACAUACAAUAAGGAAGGCAAAACAGAAAAGGAAAUAAUAAAUCAAUUAGCAAUUGCAGUUAGAACAUUAGUCAACAAUUCCGAAGCGUUGACAAAAUAUUAUAAUGGCCCGCAAAUAUCGAGUCCUGAACAUAAAGGUUCUAGUCAAAGAAAUUACGGCAAAGGUCCAUAUUCACCUGGUUUCGAUUUCGAAGAAGACACUCACACGAAAUAUAUAGAACAUUUGAAGACACGACAUUUUUAUGAUCGAGACGAAGAUUUUCAUAAAAAUGAGUUUAGGAGACCACGCGAUACUUUGUUAAAUAUGGUUGGCGAUUUUGUGGCUCGUUGUUCUAUUCGUUUAGUAGAGCUUAAUAAAAAGUCACAGGAUGGAAAAACUAUUGAAUUAUUGGAUUCAAAAUGUCAUGUGCGCCUAGCUGAUAUCGCUCAUAGUCUUCUGAAAAUUUCUCCAUACGAUCCAGUCACAAUGGCUUGUCGUGGUCUGAAGCGAUACAUGAACGAUAUUCUUCCUUCGACCGAAUGGGCAGCCGAUGAAAUGAGACCAGCGUUAACGCUCAUUCUCAGAAGAUUGGAUAAAACCUUUAAUAAAAUACACAAGAAACCAUCGAUUAGAAGAAAUACCAAUUGGGCUGCUGCAAGUGAUCUUUUGAAAGGGGUUUACGAAACUCUGUCGAAGUGUCCGUACAUCGCGCACUUUCAAUAUUUGAAAACAUUGUUAACUACUUGUCAGGCUUUAAUUGUCGGAGACAACCUAUCUGAAGAUUUAACUUCAGCUUCCACAGCUGCUUUAAUGAGCAAGCUGCCCGCUCCACUUCCGCCUCCACAUUUUUGCUCGACGGUGUUACGUCUGAUUGCUCUACACGUGAUAUCCUUUGGCGAGGGUUACUCCUUGGAGAAUGUUCUCGGUGGCCAGAACAUGUUCGCUACUCAAACUCGCACGGAAAAUGCGCUACUGAAUUUGUUGAUACCAUUGUUCCUUCGCGUCGGGACUGGGAGAAAAGAUGUACCAAAACUGAAACAAUCAGACAUCUCUUUCGCUUUAACAACUGUAUUAAACGCGCUUUGGCCGCCGGGUGCCAAACCGAUACCAUUGACGAUGCAAAGACCACCGACGGAUACAAGGACCGGUAGUAUAACAUUCACUUCGAGAGAUCCGAAGGCUUUAAUGAAAACAUCGUUAACAUUAUACCAAGUUGCUUUCCUGGCGCUUAAAAUAAUGACGAUAUGUUUCGAAACCGAACUGAGAACGGAAUGGCGAGUAAUUCUACGUGCGAUGCGUCUUCUGAAUAAGCGCAAUGAAGCUUCCACAUAUCUCUGGAAUUUCAUAGAAUUUAUUGUGACACACCGCACAGCUUUAUACAUUCAAAUGCUUCCAUUCAUUGUUUAUAAAAUCGGACAAGCGCCGAUAUCCGAGCACGAACGAAAUAUGCAUACUAUUAUACGCGAGAAAAUCAAUGGAAGUAGUACCACUGUACCAAAAUCACGAGGCGCACUGCUCAUGGAUCUUAUUCACGAGUUAAAGAAUCUAAAACAGGAAAUUGAGAAUCGAAAAUGCGAUGAAAUGCAACCGGAACCUAAAAGAAGCGUGGUGGAUAUGCAUCCGAUAACCGAAGGCCAGCCGCGUACUCAGAGACCAUCUCUGCUGAUGGAUCUUCUAACUGGUGAUUUAGGAUCAAGAGCUCACAUAAAUCGUACACCUGCUGAAACACCAGUGUCUCAUUCCACAGCAGUUCAAUCGCAGUCUCAUUCGACUCAAUCCAACAUUAGUAGUAUUGUUAAAACAGUGCAUCCCACUCAAGUAACAGCACCGCUGAACGGCACUCGCAUUGGUGGAUCUGUAUCGAGCACCAGUGGUGGAUCAACUUUGCGUGAAGCAAGUGACACAGUCAUCGAGGAAACUUAUGCCGAGCAGCCAACUUCAGCGACAGAUAGAUUCCAAUCAUCAUCUACUAGCGAUAAGCUUCAUUCUGUCUUACCUCGCCAAAAGGCGCCAAAGCUGCGCUUUGUCUCUUCCGUAGAGUUUAGAAACUCAUCAGGGGAGACGGUGACGGGCCAAUUAAGUCCAAGCAGUCCGAUCGAAGACAGUUCCGGAGAAUUACGUACCGACAAGCCUCGCUUACAACGUUCUAUGGGCCAAAGCAAGAAGACCUUCCGCUUAAGAAAAAGUCGAAAGAGUCACAUUGAGAUGACGCAAACAAAGUUGGAGCAAUCAGACGCAGUUCUCGUGGAACAACCAACGAGUGAGGAACAACCGAAAGCGACAGAGCAGACAUCGUCAGCAGUGGAUCCGCCGCCGCUAUCAUCUAACAUCCCAUCCAAUUCAUCCAUUUAUUCCAGACGAAGUCAGUCUAUCCGCAAAUCGGAUGGAGACAAAAACUCCAAUGUGCCUGCAGACCAGCAGCAUUUUCAUGGAGCAGCGCAUCAGCAUCAUCAUUGUCAUUACUUUCAUCACCACGUACAUCCUCAGGUGUCAGACGUAUCCUGGGACGAAGACACGUCUAGUACAUCCGGAUAUCGUGAGUCAUACAGUAUGCAGAUUGUAUCAUUGGACGGUACUAAUACUCGUCCGGGUCAGGCUCCGCCUUUAGCCUCGCCGGAUCUAAAUGACAUGCCAUCUACGAGCAGCACGACCACCAAUUACAUAGCAUUCGAUGGCAGUUCUCCAGAUUGCUCGAUGAAUGGCAGCGGAGGCGAGAAAACCGCUCUGUUAACUUCAAGUCAGAGAACAACUUCUCAGCAUUCUUUAUUAAUGGUCUUUCCAAAUCAGGACGAAGAUACGUUAAUAUAAAUCACAAAAUCCAUUGAUACUUGAUUGAGACUGAUAAUUUCAUACAACCAGAAACAAAAAUUUUAAGAUAAUUAGUAAUUCAAAAUAGUGUUUAAAUA